GUUUCCUACAAGACUGAGACACAAUUCUUUCCAUCAUUAAAUGACAGGACAGGCCUCCACCUUUCCUCUACAUCACAUUUUUUAUAAGAGGGACUCGACAGCUGUGGUCUUCCACACAAGACAUGUUUCACAAAGACAGCAUGCAUAUGGGCUCCAGCUUAAGAUGUAUUGCAAAGUGAGGAAAAGGCAUCUGCAGCCCCCAAAGAUUCUCUUUGUUUCAUUCCUGACCAUCAGCGUUAUCUACAGCUGGUUGCUGGUGGUUGAUAAACAACAACAACAUCUCAAUGGCAGCAAUGCGUCACUCCCAAACAAUAUCACAAUCCUGUUGUGGCACUGGCCAUACGGUACCCGGUAUAGCCUUGCGGGGGACGUGUGUCUGAGGGACUACGGCAUCUCUGGAUGUGUGCUAGGGGACAAUCGCACUCUCUAUAAGAGCGCCGAUCUAGUGGUUUUUCAUCACUUUGAGCUAAAGCUGCAUAAACAGCACCUUCCCGUGACUCUCCAUCGGCCCGCCAAACAGAGGUGGGUAUGGCUUUCUUUAGAAGCUCCACAAAACAACGGAAACUUGUCGCCAUACAACACCCUUUUCAACCUCACCAUGUCAUAUCACCCUCAAGCUGACAUCACUGUGCCCUAUGGGAAGCUGUUGCUGAGAAGGAAACAAGAUUUAGACUUUGUUAUACCAAAAAACAAGAGAUAUGAAGCCUGUUGGGUUGUUAGCAACUACCAAAAAAAGCACAAAAGGAGCAUGGUGUUCCAAGAGCUAAACCAGAACCUCAAAGUGCAACUGUAUGGCCUUGCCGCUAAAAAACCUCUACCGAAGGAGGCACUGCUUCCAACGAUUUCACGCUGUUAUUUCUACCUGGCCUUUGAAAACACACAGUCUCCACACUACAUCACUGAGAAGCUCUGGAGAAAUGCUUUCCAGGCUGGGACCGUGCCUGUGGUGCUAGGACCACCACGCAGAGACUAUGAAGCCGUGGCGCCUCCGAAUUCCUUCAUCCAUGUGGAUGAUUUUAAAUCUAUUAAGGCCCUGGCUGAGUAUUUGAGAGGCCUAACUAAAGAUCCGGAGAAGUAUAAUGCAUAUUUUACCUGGAGACAAGACUAUACGGUUACAUUAUAUACAGACUGGAGAGAGAGACUGUGCAAUAUCUGUCCCAUCUAUGGACAAUUUCCAACUCAAAAGGUUUAUGAGGAUUUGAGAGUUUGGACAAAAUGGUAACUUAACAGGCAGCUGACAUUUGUACCUGCAACGCUGCAAAAGAUAAUAAUAAUUCCUUACAAUUAUAUAGUGCUUUUCCAGGCACUCAAAGCACUUUACAUUGUGGGGGGGGGGUCUCCUCAUCCACCACCAGUGUGCAGCAUCCACCUGGAUGAUGCGACGGCAGCCAUAGUGCGCCACAACGCCCACCACACACCAGCUUAUUGGUGGAGAGGAGACCAGUGAAGCCAGUCAGAAUAUGGGGAUUGUUAGAAGGCCAUGAUGGUCAGAGGCCAAUGGGUACAUUUCACCAGGACACCGGGGUUACACCCCUACUCUUUUUCAAAGGACAUCCUGGGAUUUUUAAUGACCACAAAGAGUCAGGACCUCGGUUUAACAUCUCAUCCGAAGGAUGGUGUGCUAUACUGGGGUGCUAGGACCCACACAGACCACAGGGUGAGCACCCCCUGCUGGCCUCCCUAGCACCUCUUCCAGCAGCACCUGGUUUUCCCAGGUGGUCUCCAAUCCAGGUACUGACCAGGCUCAACCCUGCUUAGCUUCAGUGGACAACCAGUCUUGGGCUACAGGGUGAUAUGGCUGCUGGCCAUCAAGAUGCGAGAUGCAUGCGAAAAGGUCAAAAACGUCCAUGUUACAGUGCA